UCCCUGCAUGUUGGUGAAGUUUGGUUAGUCUAUAUAUACAGGUUCUCCUCAUCAAACCUAGCCAUGAAAACUAGGGUUUCUGAGUACCAAUAAGCUUGCAGAGAAGUUCAACCUCUCUCUCUUUCUCUCUCACUUAUACUCAUAAUAUUCAAAUCCAUGGCAGCAAUGAAAAACCAUGUAUCUCCAGUUCCAAGAGAAUCUGAUGAGAAACACCUUGUUACUGUGCUUAGUAUUGAUGGUGGUGGCAUUCGGGGAAUCAUUCCAGGAAUCAUUCUUGGUUUCCUCGAAUCAGAGCUUCAGAGGCUUGAUGGUGAUGAUGAUGUAAGAUUAGCAGAUUACUUUGAUGUGAUUGCAGGAACAAGCACUGGUGGAUUGGUCACUGCAAUGCUUACCGCUCCAAAUGAAAAUAAUCGACCAUUGUAUGCAGCCAAAGAUCUUAAGCGUUUCUACCUUGAAAAUUCUCCAAAAUUCUUCCCACAGAACAAGUGCUGGAAUUUAAUCGCUUCUGUGAUGAAGUUCAGCAAGACUAUGUUUGGACCAUCGUACGAUGGGAAGUAUUUACACCAGCUUAUUAGGGAAAGACUAGGGGAAACAAGGUUGCACCAGACAUUGACCAAUGUUGUCAUCCCAACAUUUGACAUCAAACGCCUUCAACCUACCAUCUUUUCCACCUUCCAGUUGAGGAAGAGGCCAGAUUUGAAUGCAUUGUUGUCGGAUAUAUGCAUUUCAACUUCAGCAGCUCCGACCUAUCUUCCAGCACAUUACUUCGAAACCAAAACCCAACAUGGUCAUGUCAUGGGAAAGUUUGACCUAAUAGACGGUGGCGUCGCAGCAAAUAACCCGACACUGGUGGCCAUGGCAGAAGUGACAAACCAAAUUUCCCACGAAGGGCAAGGUGGUAGCUUGAAGGUGGAAGCCAUGCAAUACGAUAGGUUUUUGGUGUUAUCAUUGGGAACAGGUUCUCAGAAACAGGAAUCGAAAUACAGUGCUAAAGAAGCUGCUGAUUGGGGUAUCUUGAGCUGGGUUUCCACAACCAGUGGCAGCACCCCUUUAAUUGAUGCCUUCACUCAAGCCAGUGCUGACAUGGUUGAUUUUCACAUUUCCUCCGUUUUUCGAGCACUCAAUUCUGAACAAAACUACCUUAGAAUCCAGGACGAUACGUUAACUGGGAACUUAUCUUCUGUGGACAUGGCCACUGAGGAGAAUUUGAAUGAACUGGUCUCCGUUGGGGAAUCAUUGUUGGAUAAACCAGUUUCCAGGAUUAACUUGAAGACUGGAGUUUACGAAUCUGCUAGACCCUCUGAAACAAACAAAGAAGCCUUGACCAGAUUUGCGAUACGACUAUCCAAACAGAAGCGAUUUCGAAAAUCUGAGAUGUCUGCAAAUAAUGGAAAUUCUCAAAAGACAGUUGUAUGAUGAAUAUGAUAUUAUGAUUUGUACUGUGUUAUAUAUCUUUUUUAUUACCAGUGUUGUGUUAAAUAUAGUGCAUGUGACUUAAGCCUAGGUGCUUGAACCGGGGUCAACGGUUCAUAGGUGUUCUUAGGUUAACAGUAAUUAAUCCAAAUAAAUUGAGUGUUGUUGCAAGCUUGAAUUAUGUGAUGUAAACGCUUUGUAUUUAAUUAUAAUUUUUAUGUUAAAGAAUGUAAACUUAAUGUUUAUUUAAUUUUGGGUUAAGAAAUUCUUAUGUACUUUA